AUGUCGUCUCUUUCAUCAACUCUUUCAUCAAUUCAACAAAAUCUAAUACGUUAUGGAUUUCCAAUAUCCUUAGUAUUAGGUAAUCUUGGUAAUAUAUUUUCUAUAACUAUUUUUUGUCACAAACGUCAUCGACAAAAUCCAUGCUCAUUAUAUUUAAUGUCAGCUGCCAUAUUUAGUUUAAUUGGUAUCAACUGGGGAAUUGGCAGCAAUAUGUAUUCAUUAUAUUAUCCACCAGAUCCAUUUACAAAAUCGCUUUUUCUUUGUCGUUUGCGUGGUUAUUUAUUACAGUCAUCAUCACUUAUUUAUAAAAUAAUGAUUUUAUUUGCAUCAAUUGAUCGUUUUGCAUUAUCAUCAAGUAAUGUUAAAAUACGUUCAUUUAGUAACAAACAAUUAUCAAUAAAAAUCAUUAUUGGAAUUAUUUUAUUUGGUAUGUUAAUAUCAAUACAUUUAGCAAUUUAUGAAACAAUUGAAAAUAAUCGAUGUUUCUUUUUUGGUACAUAUGGAUUCUUUUUUAGUAUUUAUCAAAUCUGUAUUUUUGGAUUUAUUUUGCCUAUUUCACAAAUUGGUUUUUCUUUUCUCAUUAUAAAAAAUUUAAAAACAAUUCGUAUGCGUGUUCAACCCGGUUUAAUAGUUGAAAAUGAGCCACAAAAUGUUUUGUCAAAGCGUGACAUGACAUUGAUUAAACUCGUUUUAUUUGAAAUUAUAAUUGGUAUUAUGCUUACAACAUUAUAUCCAAUACAAUCCCUUUAUUCUAUAUUAACAAAUGAUAUUCUUAAUAAAAGUCAAGAUCGUAUUGCAAUUGAAUCAUUUUUAAAUUUUAUAGGACUUAUUGUUUUAUUUUAUUUAAAUUAUUGCAUUACUUUUUAUUUAUAUAUUUUUAUUUCGAAACCUUUUCGACAAGAAGUUAAACAGUUUUUAUUUAAAAUUAUCAAAAAGGAACAAACAACUAGUAUUGCUAUGACAAUCGUUCAACAACGAAGAUUAAAUCACAAUUAA